GGGGAACGGUUUCUACAGUGAUUGUUAUAGCCCUCCCCUACUAUUGGUGGCGCUGUGGCCAGUAGGAACUACCCAUUAAAGGAGCGGCUAGUCGACCGACUUAGCUUCACAAACACUCGUUCCCCCCCAAAAAGUGUGCAGUUCGGAGUUCUUCUUAGUCGGUGUAGUAAUACAUACAGUGGAAUUGCAUUUAUUGAUUUGUUCUCCAAUAUUGCUGCAAGCAUUGCCCAAACUGGCAAAUUAAGGCAUGUAUUAUCCCUUAGUGGCAGUGUCUGCAGAUACCAUAGGCUAGUGUGGAGUGUGAAGUAAGUGCUAGAUUGUUUUGUCCCAACCCAGGAUGAUAUCCCCUUCAGUCACUGCAUGUAUAUUUGUACCAUGUUGUGUUUCCUGUCUAUGUAUCUAUUUUAUAAUGCAUAAUGUUUUGGUUUUUAUUUUCAAAAUUGGCAGGUCAACUUAUCGAACUUACCCUUUAAUGUGCUUUAUUGGUUAUGCCUACUGCAUAACAGGGUGUAUUGGAAGAUCUCCUAGGUGUAGUUUCUUUAUAUGUCAUUAAAUGACCCAUUAACAUUUUUGUUUUGUUUAAAAAUUUAAUACAGAAACAACUUCUCUGUGUGGCAGAGGAAUUUCUAAAAACAAAUAAACUAAAUAAAUAAAACAAACUCAAGCAAACAUAAUACCUCAGAAAAUAAUAUUAAAAUUGUAUGAACAAUCUGAGGAAAUAAAAAAGAAAGAAAGAUGAAUGGUGGAAGUCAGUUUGUGGAAACUCUGAAAAAACUAAGCUAUCCCAAGGCUUCAAAGCUCAAUGAGGAAGACUUUGACUGGCUCUUUGAGACUUUGGAGGACAGGUCUUUCCUGCAUUGGUUCUGCAGCACUGUGAAUAAGCAGAACCUACUGAGUGAAGAGGAGGUAAAAGCAUUCAAAGCUCUCAAAGAAUCGGGAAAGCCCAUCUUGGACGAGGAGGCCCUGGGCGAGGUUCUGAAAACGUGUCAAAGCACAGAGUCAAAGGAGUCGGCUCUCCUGGAGGAACUGGAGCUGGAGAAGUUGGAGGAAGAGCUUUACACUCUGAGGAAAACGAAAAACUUGAAAAUCCAGAGGCGCAACAAGCUUCAGAUGAUGGGCACUGUGAGCAGGAACGCUUCCCUGAGGCUGACUAGUGAAGAGCAGGAGGCCGCCAAGGGUCUCAAGGGAACAAUGGAGAUGCUGGGUGCAGAGAAUGCCAAAAUAAAUAGUGAACUCCAGUCUCUAGUGGAAGAAGUGAAGCAACUGACAGCGUUCUUCACCACCACCGAGUCCAAGAGAACCUCACUGAGCCGUCCACCCGUCUUCCUGUCCCAGCUGGCCCUGGACCGUUACCUGCAGCAGGAAGAGCAGAAUACCAAGGCACUGGCUGCUUACACCAAGAAACAGUUCUUCGAAGGGAUUACGGAGCUAGUGGAGAGCUUGAAUGAGGAGAAUUUCCAGCUUCUGGACAUGAGCGGGAGUUUGAUCUCCAGGGAGAGCAGCCAGGCUCCAGAGGGACAGAGAGAAGAGAUGGCCAGGCUGCAGUUUGCCUACAUGGCGUCCCAGUACCAGCUGGUUCAAAGGAAGACCAAAGAGCAAAGUGCCAGGGCUGGUCUUCAGUGGAUCAAAGAGAAUCAGCACUCCCUCCUCAGGUCAAAGUUAUCUGGCGAUGAAGACGACCUGCAGUCGCGGGGGAUACGGUUAAAGAAGGAGCUGGAGAUUGUGGAACAGCAGGUGGAGGUGCUGAGCAGAGAACGGCUGCCGGCCGUAGCGUGGGAGAACGCCCAGCUCCUGAACAUGCCAGUGGUGAAGGGAGACUUCGACCUGCAGAUCGCCCAGCAGGAAUACUACACCUCCCGGCAGGACGAGGUGUGCAGCCAGCUCCUUCAGCAGAAAGCCUCCUUUGAGCUGCUGCUGCUGGCUUAUGAGAUGGAGCUGAGGAAGUACAGGCAGUUCCACCGGCAACUUGAGGACAUCAGCAAGGGGCUGGAGGAGAGCAGGAGGGGGCUGGCCCAGCGGCUGGAGGCCUUCUCUGACCCCAGCCUCUCCAGCACUGUGAAGCAGCGCAGCAUUAUAGAGUCGACAGACUCUGUUUUCCAUAGACUUUAUCAGUUGCUUGAAGGGGAGACUGGGAAGGAGCAGCUGUUCAGAACAUAUGAAGGCCUGGAGCAGGCAGCUCAGAAACUGCGUCAGGAUGUCACCUCAGUGAAGGAUCGCUUAACAGCUUCUAGCCAAGAGCAGUCUUUCCUAACGGCUAAAAUGGAGUCUGAAUCAGACGUGCUCCGCAAUACUAAUUACUGUGGGCUUAAGCAUCUCACGCUUACGCCACAGGUGUGUUUAACAAAACAGGAGCACUUCUUAAACUCACAGGAGUUGGGUGAAACAAUUCUUCAGCUAGAGUCCCAGUUGAACACACUAAACCAGCUCAUGGUGGAAAUUCUUAAUGACGUCAAGGGAAAGAAGAAGAUCUUAGAAAGAAACAAGCUGCAGCAGAUGGAGAGGGAGCUUUAUCUCUAUUUCUUUCAAGAUGAAGAUUGCCUAAAGAGCAUUGUGGAAGAGCUGGAGAAGAAAGUCAAGGCUCUGUCUAUUGGUCAAGGAGACUUGUUCUAAAAUUGUAUUUUUUUUUCUUGUGAAAGAAUCAAUAUUUAUUGCCUGUUUUUCAAGGCAUAUAAUUCUGGCAUUCCUGUACCUGAGAUUACCCUAAACAUGCCAGAUUGAACAAUGGAGACCACUAUACAGCAGGCCUCGGUCAGGCAUGCUGGCUUUUCAGAAAACUGCCUUAUUCCCAAGGAGGACUUGACACAUUGAGUGAUUUUCUUUUUGACCCAAGGGUCAGUGCAUUGCUCUCUUUAGCAGAUACCGUGGGAUUCCAUGUGAUCCCUAGUCUGGAUGUUGUCACUGAUGGAAGAGCCACAGACACCAAGGCCAGUUGUGGAAAACUAGAGGAGCUAAACAUUAAAAAUCAGUACUUUCAGAGCACUUGAACAUUUAAAAUGAAAAGCGAUAGUUUUCAAGUUUUAAGUAACAUAAUAAAACCUUAUAUUCCAUGAAUAGCAAUUUUCUAUUUUGCUUGACACAUCAAUAACAUUUUUUUUAUGGUAGUACGGAUAGAAUUGACUGUGUUAAGAUUUUAAUUUUAAAUUUUUUUUUUUUUUAAAUCUUACAAUGUUUAAAAAGAAAAAUACAAAAAUAAAGAUCUAACCUGAUACCUGUUCUUACACAGGUAAAAAUCUUGGUAAAAACAUAUAGCUUAAAAAAAAAAUCAAACUGUAAAGCAAGGUUUAUCAAUUAAAUAAUUUGUUGUACAGUUCAUAUUUAAGAAGAAUCAACUAAGAUUUGAAUACGUGCAUUAAUAAAGCAUUGCUUUUUUUAAAGUGCAUG